AUAUCUCCCACUCAUUCGGCGGUGACUUGACUGAUCCAGUUCUCUUCCCGGAAGAGUCUUCCAUUGCCUUUUCUUCUUUUCUUGGUAGUUUCGCUUCAUCUUACAGGAAAAACUGUGAUCAGUGCACCUACUGAGAGCCUCGUCCUCUUCUGCCCCUUCUUCAUUUCACCAGCAGUCAAACAACAACCGUUCCUGCUUUUUCCACCCGUUCAUACUUCAUACACAUACAAUCUGUUUCUGCUUUUUCCACUUUACCUUUUCUUGGUAGUUUCGUUUCAUCUUACACGCCUUUGACUUCACACUGACGUUGAUCGAAGCUCCCAGGAAACUGUGAUCAAGCAGUGUACCUAUUUUUGAGCUGUGCUCCUUUUCAGUUCUUCUUCCUCUUCCGCUCCUUCUUCAUUCCAUCAGCGAGGUGAGCGUGAAAUCAAACAAAAAGCUAGAUUCAAUGGCCAUCCAAUUGAGUGCUUCUUCCUCAUUCUCUUCUGUCCCUUUUUCCGCCCGUUCAUGCACAUACGAUGUGUUUCUGAGUUUCAGAGGCGAGGAUACGCGCUACAAUUUUACAGGUCAUUUGCACAGAAAUUUGGUUCAAAGGGGGAUCAACACUUUCAUAGAUGAUGAUGAUCUUCCAAGAGGAGAGGAAAUAUCAGAAGCACUUCUCCGAGCCAUUGAAGGAUCAAAGCUCUCUCUCAUUGUGUUCUCUGAAAACUACGCAUCCUCAAAGUGGUGUUUGGAUGAACUGGUUCAUAUCCUUGGAUGUAGAAGAUCAAAGAAACAAAUGGUUUGGCCAAUCUUUUACAAAGUGGAUCCCUCGGACGUAAGACACCAAAGAGGCACAUUUAGUAAGGCACUUGCAGAGCAUGAGCACCGAUUCGAAGAUGACAAGAACAAGGUGUUAAGAUGGAGAGAAGCUCUUUCAGAAGCAGCAAAUUUAUCUGGGUGGCAUUUCCCGGGCGGGCAUGAAUAUGAAUCUAAAUUUAUUGAUAGAAUCAUUAAAGAGAUUUCUGCACAAGUAAUAAAACAUACCCCUUUGAAUGUGGCAAAGUUUCCAGUCGGGAUAGAAUCUCGUGUACAAGACAUGCUUGAACUCUUAGAUGUUGGGGGAAGUGAUAUACUCAUGGUAGGGAUAUGGGGAAGUGGUGGAAUAGGGAAGACAACAAUUGCUAAAGCUGUUUACAAUACAAUUGUCCAUGAGUUUGAAGAUAGUUGCUUUUUGGCAAAUGUUAGAGAACGUUCCGUGCCACAUGAAGGUCUAGUCAACCUACAAAACAUUAUUCUUUCAAAGAUUCUAGGGGGCAAAGAACUGAAAGUAAUCAAUGUUGAUGAAGGAAUCAAUUUGUUGCGUGAAAGGUUGAGAAAUAGAAGGAUUCUGUUAAUUCUUGAUGAUGUGAAUAAAUCGGACCAGUUAGACGCAUUAGCCGGAGCACCUGAUUGGUUUGGUUGUGGCAGCAGAAUUAUCAUAACAACAAGAGAUAAGCGUUUGUUGACUGUUCACAAAGUCAUUCCUAUAUACAAAGCCAGGGAACUAGAUCAUGACAAAGGUUGUGAGCUCUUCAGUUCAAAUGCCUUUGAGAAUAAGAGAAAUUUAGAUGACAAUGAGAAGCUCUUAGUUAGUACUAUUGUUGAAUAUGUUCAGGGCCUUCCGUUAGCCCUGAUAAUUUUGGGUUCACAUCUAUGUGGUAGACCUAUAGAUGACUGGCAAUCUAUGUUAAAUGUUUAUAAAAGAAAUCUUCCCAGAGACAUUCGAGAUAUUCUUAAAGUCAGUUAUGAUGGACUGGAAGAAAUAGUGAAAGAAGUUUUCCUUGACAUUGCUUGUUUCUUCAAAGAUCGGAGUACAAAUGAUGUGAUACAGAUACUAGAAGGUUGUGACCGCAACAACCCCAAGCUUAGUAUUGAAGUUCUUCAAGAAAAGGCGCUCAUAAAUGUUGAUGGAUGUCAUAUUUGCAUGCAUGAUUUGCUAGAAGAGAUGGGGAAAGAUAUAGUUCGGCAAGAGUCUACAAAACUAGGUAAGCGAAGCAGAUUGUGGCAUCACAAGGAUGUGAAGGAGGUUCUAACAGAAAACACGGGAACAAGUAAUAUUGAAGGUAUAAUGAUAAAGAUGCCUACAACAGAUGAGAUACGCUUGAGUCUUGAAUGCUUCAAAGAGAUGAGAAAUCUUAAAAUUUUUAUAAACGUCAAUGGACGGCUUUGUGGAAAUGUUGAUUAUUAUCCGAAUCAGUUGCGGUUACUUGAUUGGCGUGACUGUCCGCUACAAUAUUUGCCCUCCGAUUUUAAUAUGAAGAAUCUGGUUCAACUUAAUAUGCCUUGCAGCCGCAUCUCACGUUUCGGAGAUGGAUUCAAGAGUAUGGAAAAUCUGAAAUCCUUAAAUUUGAGUGGAUGUAAAUUCCUAGCACAAAGCCCAGACCUGUCUGGAAGCCCAAACUUAGAGUUCCUGGAUCUAAGCUAUUGUAAAAGUUUAAAGAAGGUUCACCCUUCGGUUGGAUCCCUCAAAAAGCUUGUUGACCUGAAUCUUUCCUAUUGCUCUAACCUUGUAAGGCUACCAGGAGAAGUCAACUGGAGAUCCCUGCGAUCCAUUAAUCUCGACUACUGCACAAGGCUGGAGAGUUUCCCUGAAAUUGAGGGAGAGAUGAAAUACAUGACAUCCUUGAGUCUAGACCACACUGGCAUUAAAGCAUUGCCUUCAUCCAUUGGAUAUCUAAUUAACCUUGAUAUGUUGGUGUUACAUAAUUGUGGAAACCUCACAGAUCUACCUUGCGGCAUUUAUAAAUUGCAGAAGUUAUGGUGGGUUUCAUUCUCCGAUUGCCCAAAACUCGUAAGAUUCCCAAAUAAGGUGGAGUCAGAAGUGCUUCCAACUUACUCAAAGGUUUCACAUGACAACCGUGACUCUUUAUCGAAAAGACAGAGAAGGAGUGAAGGCAGUUCAUUGGAGCCAGAGCCAGACACUGAAUUCAAUUCGGCGCUUCCUUGGCUACAUCAAUUCCAUGCGAUUGGAUGCAAUUUGUCUAAUAUUGAUUUCCUCGCGUCCCUUGAUUGUGCAUCCACUUUAAUUGAACUUGAUUUAUCAGGAAGCACCAUUGUUAUUCUUCCCGAAUGCAUCAACAAAUUUGUCGACUUGUGGGAACUCAAAUUGAUCGGCUGCAAGAGGCUCGUAGAAAUUCCAGAACUUCCACCAAGGAUUCGCCUGUUGAAUGUGAGGGAUUGCGUAUCAUUGGAAAGAAUUUCAAAGUUGUCAAACAUUUUGGAGCGUAAAGAAUCACAAAUGAUUGAGAAGAUGGUCUUGACUAAUUGCUGGAGACUCUGUCAAAAUUUGGUUGAGAUGGCAAACAAGGAUGAUGAUGAUGAAGUGCACGCUGAUCUCUUCUCUCGACUCCUAUCUUCUCAGCAAUCCAAAUUCACAAUUACAUUUCCAGUUCCAAGAAGCGAGGUUCCAAAGUGGUUCAGCUGUCAAAUGGAUUUCACGGGGCAUCAACGGUUUGAAUUUUAUAUCGAAACACUUGCAAAUUUCAAAUGGGACAACGCAGGAUUGGCUCUCUGUGUUGCUAUUGAUCAAAAACUGAGAGUGGGAUCAUGUGUGGCUGCACUAUGUUCCCUUCCUUGA